AUGGCGCCAACACCACCUCACCUCGUGACUGUGCUGGAGCAGUUUCACGUCGCGCCGACACCGGCACCGGCGGCGGGGCAGCCACGAGCGCUACCGCUCACGUUCUUCGACCUCGUCUUCUGGUCCAUCCCGCCCGUGCAGCGUCUGUUCUUCUACGACAAUGCCAACCUCCUCGACGUCUCCGACUUCACGCUCGGCGAGCUGCCACGGUUUAGGAACUCCCUCGCCGCCGCGCUGCACCACUUCUAUCCGUUGGCGGGGAAGCUGACGUGCGAGGUCGCCGAGGGCGUAGCGCCACCGGAGCUAGUGUUCUCGGACGGCGACUCCGUCCCGCUAACCGUGGCCCAGGGUAUCCUCGCCGUCCAGAUUACGGUGUUCCCCCGUGCCGGCAUUUGCAUCGGCACGACGGUGCACCACGCCGUGGCCGACGGCGCCAGCUACACUCACUUCCUCAGCACGUGGGCUGCCGCCCACCGCCUCGGCCACAAGGGCAAUAGGGCGGUGGCGAUGGACAUGCCCCCGCUGUUCGACCGCGGCGUCGUGCGGGACGACGCCGGUCUCCGGGAGGCGUUCCUGCGCGACCAUCGAGCGCUCGGUACAGCCGGCGGCUACGAGCCCCUCGACGACUGGGACCUCAGUCGCCGCCCUGGCGUCGUGCUCGCCACGUUCCGGUUCACCGAGAAGCAGCUCCGCGCGCUCGAGAGGCACGCCGAGUCGGAGACCUCGACGCGGUGCUCACCCAACGCGCUGGCCUGCGGCGCCGCGUGGGCCGGCAUCGUGCACGCGCGUGGCAACGGCUGGGGCUUGGAAGGGGCUCCGGCACCCGACGCGCACUUCGGGUUCGUGACGGGUCCGAAGCUGGGCAUGUACGCGGGCACGGAUUUCGGUGGGGUGUGGGGCAGGCCGACGAAGGUGGAGAUCGCAUACGUGGAACGCACGGGCGCGUUGGCGCUGGCGGAGAGCUGCCGUGACGGGCACGGCGACAUCGAGGUCGGUCUGGCACUGCCGCGCGUCGAGAUGGAGGCGUUCCGUACAUUCUACCUCGACGGCUCGACCUGUUGA